AUGACAUCACACUCGUUUCCAUCGGCGUUUCUCGACAAUUGGAUUCACACUCUCAAAUCGACCCGCGGCGAACAACUCGAUGACUUCCCCAACUACCACCUCUCGGACCCCGAGAGCCUUGUGACGACAUGCAGCCCCAAGUCGCUCGUCGUUGGCAACGGCGCAUCCAUCUACAGGAACACGCUUCUUCCGGCCAUCCUGUCCGCGAAACAUGAGGUCAUCUUGGUGACCUGCUUCUGGGCCCCGUCCGAUACCCUAACCGCCAUCAAGGAGACCCUAGAGCUUCUCGCCCAACAACGACUGGAAUCCAUUCGGACGUCUGGUGAGGACGCCGUCGCUCCAUUACGCGUCCGCAUCGGGUUUUCAUCCCGUAGCUUCUUCCAGAAGAUCUUCCAUCCGUGGUCGAGGGACGGAUACGCGUACCCAACCUCGGCAUGGCCAAAGCUCGGGUUGCCUCCCAACGCCACCCUCGAGGCGGCCCGCAUUGAACUGUCUGUCAAGAGCCUAUUCUUCUUGCCAUUCAGCGUCAUGCAUCCCAAGUUCGUCAUUGUCGACCGCAAACGCGCCUGGAUGCCCAGCUGCAACGUGAGCUGGGAGACGUGGUUCGAAGGCUGCAUCGGGUUCGAAGGGGCUGCCGUCGCCCAGCUCGUGAGAUUCUACUCUCACGUAUGGGAGCCAGCCAGCCCUCGGCGUAUCCCCGACGACGGCGACGAUAACCUCAACGGAGCCAGCAGUGAGACGACAAAUUGGAGGCCAGGCCAUGUCAAUGAAGACGCUGAUCGGACUAUGACUGACGAACCACCUUGCAACGACGAGACCGCGUAUCGUCGGCUGAACCUCGCUACUCUGCCGCCGUGUCCAACGAUACUCUUGCCCUCGUCCCAUCACUGGAAUCCCGGCUUCCGCUACAUUCCCUUGUGGAGGCGGACCACUGUGCCAGCGACCCCCCUGAACGCAGCGUUGCUGUCUUUAUUCGCGUGUGCCCGGACCGACAUCGACAUCGUGACACCCAACCUGACUUGCCGGACGGUCGUCGAUGCACUUCUAGAGGCUCUGCGCCGCGGUGUCAACGUCCGCAUCAGGACGAGCAAGAACAUGAUGUUGAUUGAGCAGCUCGUGACGGCCUGCACGACGACCGAGUGGACACUUCAGUCUCUCAUCAAGCGAUACCGCCAAGCCUGCACGGAGUGGGGCCGAAAGCGAUCGGGUGACGCCGAGUCCCAGCUGCAACGUCCUGGCCGUCUCGACAUCUACUACUACCGCCCGAACUUGCAGGCGACGGCGGUGCGGGACCCAGAAGAGCCGGUCGUGUCACAUUUAAAGAUGACGCUUGUCGACAGGGAGUACCUCUGCUUGGGCUCCGGCAACCUGGACAGGGCCAGCUGGUACACGAGUCAGGAGCUGGGCAUUCUGCUACACAUUCCCGACUUCAAACACGACAUUUGGUCUGAAUCCCUUGAGUCCAGAAUCGAAGUGCGAUUCAGCGGUGGUGUUGGCGACGGGAUGGCAGGCUAG